GAAUUAUUAUUUAGUUUCCAGGAGAUAUAUGUGGCAAAUUGCUGUUGCAUCAUUGGCACAUUUCUUAAGCACCUGGCUCUCGUGGCCCAGUUGGUUAGUGCGUCGUACUUAUAAGCAGUACCGAAGUAUAUGCGAAGGUCGAGGGUUCGAUCCCCUCCGGGAGCAGAUUCUUUAAUCGAUCUGAAAUAUUGAAUUAUUAUUUAAUAUCCAGGAGAUAUAUGUGGCAAAAUGAUGUACCAUCAUUCACACACGUUUUAAGCACCUGGCUCUCGUGGCCCAGUUGGUUAGUGCGUCGUACUUAUAAGCAGUGCUGAAGUAUAAGCGAAGGUCGAGGGUUCGAUCCCCUCCGACAGCAGAUUCUUUGAACUUUUCGUUUUUUUUGAGACACCCUGUAUAGCGCGGAAAUCGCAUUUUUCGGCCUACUCGACCACCCUCCUUGAUAUCCGUUUUUUGUCCAAUCAGGCCGCAGUAUAGAACAUUUGGCGGGAUUACUAUAUUAUUGCGCGGCAAGAUUUGCCGAACCUCACAAGCUACAACACGACGUCGACCACGUUGUGCAACAUAAUUCAAAAGUAAACGGUGAUGUUUUGUAGUUGAGAUAAAACAUAUCAGCGUUUCAUAAUUUUGGAAAGGUUCUAGAAAAAAUGGUAAAUAUUUCUGGAAGUAAUUUGCAGCCACUGCUAAGCUGUCUGGAAGAUGGCAGUUCACCACCUGAGGACAAAACCGAUGCUUAUCUAAGACUUGCAGAAGACCUCUCAAAAGAAGACAAGCAGUUUGUGGAUGAAGUUUGUGGUUUUUCUGCCAGAAUAUUGUCAGCUGUAGCGAGGGAUAUGUUUAGCCAGAGGAUUGAUCUUUCCCAAGCAGCAUUGCAAGCUGUUGGUUAUUGCAUUUAUCAAGAACAAAUAGUCAGUUCUUUACGUGAAGCGGAAAUGUUGAUGGUACUCCAAAAUCUUUGUAAUGUUGUUAUGAAAAGUAAAGAUAAAAAUGUGUGUACCAGAGCAUUGUGGGCUGUUUCAAGACAGCAUUUAUCUAUCAAAGUUGUGGGGGAAAAGCUUUCAGUGAUACUAAACACUGUGGAACAUGCUUUGAAAAUGUUUCGGUCUACAACAGUCGAAAAUGAAUCAUUAGAUGUUAUUUACAGGUUGAUUUCAGAACUACCACAUGAAAAAAUUUCCUCAAAUGCUGGGCAGUGGAGUAAACUUGUGUAUCCAUUAUUGAUCAGCUCAGCACAGAAAAUUCGUGAAAAAGCGCUUGGGAUUUUAGAACUUGGACUAAAAUUAAUUUUAUUCGCCCAACAAGAUGUUGUUCCACAGUUGGUGGUCGAUUUGAAAGGAGGUUUAUUAUCUGAGCUCGCAAAAUUAUUCUCAGACAAAAAAGAAGUGUUUGUGUUGCAAACAUGGACUGUUCUCAUCACAAUACUUGGAGAGACGCUUCAUAAAGGCGGGAACUUGAUAAAUGAGAUGUUGAAGAUUCCCGAGCAGGGAUUCAAGUCACCACUACCAAACGUUCAAAAUAUGAGUUACAGCGCUUGGGUUUGCUUAAUUAACAACUUCGCUACUUCUGGAUGCAUUGGAUCUCCGAAAAGGAUAAAGUUACUUAUGAUGCCGUUGUUGUUGAAAGGUAACAUAAUCCACAAGGAUAUUGAGCUUGGACGGCUUCAAGCAUGGUGGCAUUUUGUUUGCACGAUAAAAUCAGAACUUUAUACCACAACAACCUUUUCUGAGGUAUGUCUUCCACUGCUGCAAUACUAUUUCAAUGUUACUAUUGAUUCAACUGCAACACCGCUUGGUCAAUCUAAGGAUGGCCUGCGAGAGCUAACUCUGCCUGUCACACCCGUUUCACCCGGGCUGCCAAAUACUCCUUCGUCUACCAAGUCAGCCAAAAACACCCCCAGAAGAAAAUGUGUGAUAUUCAACAAAGAGAAAUUCUCCGAAGCAUUUGCAAAGCAAAUUAUGCUGCUCGGCUGUGAAAUGCUCAUGGAGAUACUUACAAUUAAUUCUAAUGAAGUCAGAGGAAGGAAACGUUUAACAGAACAUUUAAAACAUCCAAUAUUGAAUUGUGCGUUGUUUCAAGAACACAUGACUCUGUUGCUGGCAAUUGUGAAAUCAGCAUUACAAUCCUGUGGCAACUUUUUAGACGAUGAUCUUGCUGUUUCAAUUUGGACCAACAUUGUCAACUGGGUCGUGGCCGUGUUACAAGCUGGUGAUCCAAGUGUUGAUGACGUCAUUUCAAACCUGUUUCUUACUGCAAAUGAUAUUCUGACGUGUUCAUGCUUGUCUCCUCAUUUGAUACUGAAAUUUCUCGAAGUUCUCUCCAAUAUUCCGACGAAGUGUCUUCUACAUCCAAUUAGCAUUCUUUCAUCCACCUGCAAUCAAGAAAAACCGGUAUUUCUGUUGGCUGAAAUCUUGUUUAGCCAGUUGUCAGCUUUUAAAGAGUCGUAUGUUGAUGAAAGGUUCCACGUUGUCUUCGAGAAUUUGAUUGAUGUUGGCUUCGAUGCUCCAACAGGAAAAUUAACCGCGGUUCAUCAUAUAUGGCUGCUUCUUGAAAGCUUGGCCAGCACUGUCGCAAACGUUGAAGAUCUUUGGAGAAUUUGGAGUAAGGUUACUGAUUCAGCAACCGAAUGUGUCACAAAGACAUCUGAUGUGAACCAGGGAGAUCCUCUUGAUCCAGAUUUCAGUUUGAUGAUUUCAUUGCUGAGCUUUCCAUUUAAACAACUGUUCACUGGAGGUUUACCAGUGGUGACAACGAAGGAGUUAGAUCGUGAUUUAGCCGAGUUCUUUCGACUGUUUUGUCGUUGUGCCUCUCUCGUUCCGACAGCUGAAGCAAACACGUGUAUAAAUGAAUUGUCCAAGUCUUUGUUAACUUUGGUUACCCUUGAAAAAUGCAAGAAUGUGAGAUUUCUUGACAGUAUUUGUGGCUUUCUGUAUGUCAUGGUGGACUGUUUUGAUUUUUCGGCACAAAACACAAGGGGGUCACCCACGCCAUCAUCUCGCGUCAAUCUCACACCUGGUGGAAUGUCGAGAACGACGGAGAAUCGUCUUGGUAAUCUUAGCAGCCUGGUUGCACUGUCUGCUAAAGCUCUGAGUAUUUCAUACCAGGUUGAUCAGGAUUCGUCUGGAUCCGUGGUUGUUGCGCCUGCUGUGACCGUUUUGGCUGGAUCUUUAUCGAAAUUAUUCGCCAGUCUCACAAAUCCCCAACACAUCAAGUAUAGCAUUGUAGCUCUGUCAUCAUCCAUUUGCUCCUUUAUAUCGCACCGUCACUGGUCCAGCUCCAAUUCAAGUGAUAAAAAAACGAACAACACCAAGUAUUUGCUAAAGAUUGAGAAGUUAUGGACUGAUAUUUUGACGUGUCUGCAAAGUCGUUACACGUCUGCUUACGAUUGUCAGAUGUUAGAAGUUAUGAGCGAUUUGUUAGAGAACACGUUUUGUCAUCAACGACGGCAAUUUAGGAACCAGACAAUCAUAUUUUGGAAUGCAACGUUUGGUCAGGCCUCUUAUCUGGAGUACCCUACUUCGUUAAGGAAAUGUUUACAAACAGUACUGGAGAAAACGCCCGUCAAUGUGCCUGGUUGGGAUCAAUCUAAGGUAACACAGAUCUCCUCAUUGGAUCAGGCAACAUCACUGCAAGAUUCUGAGGAAAUGACGCCGAAGGAAAACAUAAUCAAACAAGAUAUAGUGAUUGCUAAUUCACCAAAAAGAAAGCAUGGAGGAUCAUCGCCUGGAAAAUUGAAAGGCAGCUUUCUUAACAAAGCAUUCACCUCGGAUAAAUCUGACCGCUUAUCUCCUUUUAAGAACACGUUGGAAACAGGGAGUAAAAGGAAGUCCCCAGGCAGUUUGAAUGCAAGGCGUAAGUUGCCCUUACCGUUGGAUGCUGCUGAUGACAAGGACUUUGUUGUGAUUGCUCCAUCUCCCAAGAAGAAACGAUUGUUAACUGAACAUCAAAAGGAAGUACGAAAGGAGAAAAAAUUAGAGAGCAGACACCCAGCUCUUUACAACAGGCUUGAUCAAUCACAGGAUGGAACGCAGUUUUCUGAAUGGAGUCAAUCAACCAUCAUCACCCAAUCCUUUAAUCAUUGUGACGUAGAAAUGUCAGAAGAAAAAGGUGCUCAAGAAGGAGCGACAGUGGAGAUUCAACCAAGUCAUGCGAUACCAUUUGACAAAAGCAACGAUAGGCAAGAUCAGGUUGCGUCGGGUAUUUUCGCAAAUGGACUUGAUUUGAUAAAAAGCAUUGAACAUGCUGAUAACCUGGAGGACGAUAUACCUACAAUGUCUUCAAAUAUAACAUUACCAGGUGGCAGUUACAAUAGUUGUGUUAGCACUCUGCCAGAAACUGGUGCUUCCACUGAUCUUAAUAAUCAACCGGAUGACGAUGAACCUAUACCAUGCUCGCAAACAUCGCCUACAACUUCAUCCAGGCAGAAACGACGUUCUUAUCACAGGCCAAAACGCACGCCAAAUAGUACAAAACGGAAGUCAAUUUCUACGGAGUGUUCGAAUGAUUUUGAAUUGAAAACCGGAGAAAUUGAUAAAAUUGGGCGGGUGCAAGAAGAUGGCGUCAAACUUCUGACAGAUCUUGCUGGGAGCAGCUCAGAUUUGGAGCAAGUAGACACGGAGCCAACAUUCGAUUCAAAGAAGCAGAGCUCACAAACGACAUCCCCUAUUUCUAGUCGUACUCGUUUUAGAAGGAACCCAACACCUUAUAAAGCUAAGAAAAACGAACCCUCAAAAGCAACGAUUUCCGCAACAACCAAAGAACAAGAAACAGUGGAAGAAACUCAGUCGGAUUCAGCAGAUAUGGAAGAUUUCUCUGACCAUCAGAUGGACGACACUCAAAUCAUUGAGCGAGAUAUUCCCCUAGUUACCAACAUGACAAGCAGUAGCGAUGCCGUGAAAGACGCUGCUAACAAAAUUACAAACUUAAUCGAGCGACCCUCAUCACCAGUCGCCAGCUCUACGAAGUUUGUUCAUUCUAAAACGUCGGCCACAGGCAGUCCUCUCAAUCGACCAACACGAUCAUUCUCUUCACCCGCGUGCUCACCAACUACUGGGAUAUUGAAGAGAAACCGUGGAAAAUCCGAGACGCCUUCCCCUUCUGGAAAGGCUCGUCAUGUGUCCUUUGCCUUUCCACUUAAGGAGGAAAAGGAAAUAAGUUCUUACCCAAUGGAUCAAGUUGCUAGAAAAGAAAAUCAACAUGAAAUAACUAACCCCUCUGACAUGACCAAUGAUUUCACCUCUAUUAAAACGACGAAAACGAAGUCUUCAACACCACCAUUAUCUAAAGAACAAUGCGUUUUUCCAGUUCUUGUUGAAUGUACUACACCAGUGGAACAAAUAUUACCUUCGCUUGCUACAUCCAGAUUUAGUCGUGGUCUUGGUCACGUGGUUCAUGCUCAUAAUAUCAGAACUGUGGGUAAUCUUUCCGCUCUGACAAUGGACCAAGUAGAGAAGUUACCAAUCAGGUCACCAAAAGUUUCCACACUUCGAAGAGUUCUCAAAAAAUUUCAUGAAAAUCGUGCGCCAAAAUGUUCAUCGAAGGUUACCCAACUACGAGCGAUUAAGGAAAUCUCCGAAGAUGAUAACUGUGAGAUGGAAGCUGAAGAAAAUAUCGAAACCGCUGACAAAUUAACAUGUGACAACGCCGAGGAACUUGGCUGUAGUGAGGGUAAUACUCUUGGACCAAAGAUUUCAGUCACGACUCCAACAACAUCUCAUGACCAUAACAAGAUGUUAACACCUAAAAGAUCCCGUGCUCUGGUAAAACCAACCACUCUCUUCGAAUGUGACCAGAUCAUCACAGGCGUUACUGAAAAUGAUACAGUCAACUCGGUCACAGGUGGACCAUCAGAAGGCAUCGAGAAUAAUGCUGAAAGAGAGUCCAGUUCCACUAAUGAAAAUGUGAAUAUGGAAGUUAUAGAGGAAGACUUGACCCAGCAAAACGUUGGGUUGGAAAAAUCAUUCGAGAACGUAUCUAAAACCGAGAAAACUAAGCAAGAAAAUAUGGUUGCACCAGCAGUUGAUUACGUUUAUAAGACUGAAGUAAAAAAUCGUGAAAUUACUGUCGAAGAUGCUGUUGUAAAUGAGGAGCCUGAACAAGAUAUUCUUGGAAUGGCAGUUAGAAACAUGCUCUUGGAUCAAAAUCUUGCUAUGGAAAUUUCUGGUGCAAACACUGCGGAAGCAUCAAAGUCAAAACAAGAAAUAUCCGAGAAAUUAAGUGAAAACGUGGCUGAUACCUCAGAACCCAAAACGAAGGACCUGGGAAUGGUGGAUGUCGAGAACGAAACCGAAAUGCCCAAAUUAGAGAAUCAUAAAACGACCGCUCUAGCCGUGCAUGCAAACGAAGACUCGUCAGUAGUUGAUGGCCCUCCGACGACUAAAGAAACAGAACAAGAAAUACAGAAAAUGGCUGUUGGAGAUUGCGUUCUGGAAAAACAAAAUGAAGAUGAUGUCCACAUGGUAACAGAGAAAGUUGUUCCUAAAGUAAACACAAUUGAUCCGUAUGUAAAAGCCAUAAAUGAUUUAGUAACUCUGAAAUCACAACAGGAACUCGCUGAGCUGCCAUUAGAUCUCUUAUUAUCGUGUCAGGAACAGUUAAUGGCUAUUUUGUCUAACACAACCACAGCAAUACGGUUAAAGUGCCAUCCAAACUAAACUGAAAUUAUCUACUGACAUAUAGAUUUUAUUAAGACACCCAUAUCUUUUAGUUCCAUUUGAAAUUUUAGAGAAAUAAA